GCCAAGGUUGCUUGCUAACUCUCAGCCACUUGUUAAAAGUAGAAGGAAGUGCAGCUUGAUUGUCGGGGGGAAUCAACGGGAAGGAAAAAAGAAGGUAGAUUAUUCGAUUCUAUUUCCUACUUUGGUAAGGAUUGGCUUUAAGUGAUAGGGGAUGUGAUUUCCAUUCGUCUUUUCUUUGUUUGUAUCACCGAGACACCCGAAGGGCCGGCCGUAUGUACCUCGGGAGACCCCGCCCAUUCAAAUCAAAAUAGAACAACUACGACUAAGAGGAAUGGAAUGUCGACCACAGGGUGAGAGAAUCCUUCUAAUACGAGGGCGAGUGACUGGUAAAGUAAUUCAACUUCGUCAUUUUGAUCAGCAUGGCUGCAAGUGGACUGGAUUUAUGUGUUUAAACUGACUACGACCAAAGUCGUGGCUACUUCAAGUCGACCCCCUAUUCAAACCGAAAGAAGUACCUCACCUCACUUACGAAGAAGUAGUUGGAGCUGGGCUCCGAACUAUGAGAGUUUGCUUUUUUUCUUUCAUCUUUCUAAGAGCGGAAAGAUCCCUUAUUUGAUCAGACCGCUCCUGGUGUUCUUUCUAGUCAUUAACGGUCGGCUUAAUUCCUUUUCGGUAUGCGUUGCGAACACUUUCAUUUUGAGCGUCUCAUCUUCUCUAGAGAAGCGAAACUCGAACGGAUAGAGCAGAUGGUCCAACUACAUAACUUUUUCUUUUUCAUUACUUCUAUGGUCGUGCCUCGUGGCACGGCAGCACCCGUACUAUUUCAAUGGUUCGUCAGUAGAGAUGUUCCCACAGGUGCCCCUUCUUCCAAUGGUACUAUAAUUCCUAUUCCUAUCCCUUCAUUCCCUCUUUUGGUCUAUCUACAUUCCAGGAAAUUCAUACGCUCCACGGACGGAGCAAAAAGUGGAGUCUUGGUCAGAGAAAGCCGCCCUACUCUCCCUACUCUAUUACAUCUAUUACAAGACAUAAUUGGGAGAAUCCCAUCCGAAACUAGAGCUAGAACCGCCGCAUUUAGUUUCGUUCCCGUUUUUCAUUUCCUUCUUUUCGAAGGACAUUUUGCUUUCUCUCCUCUCGAAUCCAAGGGGGACUUCUCAUAUUUAGAAUCUUUCUGUGGUGUGCUCCGUUUACUAUUCGUUCGUACUUUCUUCUCUUUACCACGCGAUAGGUCAGCGAAGCGUGAGCGGGCGCGGAGAAGAAAACGCCAAACACUUCGGCCUAACGGGAAUGAGCAACGACGAAAUGACAAGAUGAGGUGCCUCCAUUUAGAAAGAAGGGUCGAAGGUUUUGGGCCUGUAGCUUUCCCCGUCCCCCCUUCGUCGGGUGGUGCUUGUGUGGUGGGUGCGCCACCAGAAAUCGGGCUUGAAGCUCUCGCCUUACCAACGAGCCGACAGCUGAUGGCUGCUGGUCACGACUACUACCAAAAAGCUCCAAUGAAGAUGAAUAUUUCACAUGGAGGAGUGUGCAUCUUUAUGUUGGGUGUUCUUCUGUCAACUAACACAAAGAAGAUACAGUUCACUCAACGAUUGCCUGUGGGUUCCGAACUCAAUAUGGGGAAGGAGUGUUGUUGUUUGCGAGGUCUCGAUCAUUUACAUGGACCCACUUCUCAUUCCAUUUGUGGGAAUUUGAUGAUCUAUAAACCGUCCCCAACGAACGAUCGGCUCAUGUUUGAGCAUGAUGAAUCACUUCGUGCCGACCUGUUGCCAAUCCACUUUCCGGCCUUAUAUGAGAAUGGAAAACGGAUGCAUUUUCUGCAUCGGUGGAUGAAGAAUCGCGAACAUAAGAAUUUCUGGUUGACCAUGUUCCCAGAAAAAAGAUACUUUCGAGAAACGACGAGCACGACUGAAGUGGCUAUACAUACAAAUCCAUUUACGGAUCUAUAUGCUCCGAUUGGAACUGGAAGUUCCAGAACAGGCGGCUGGUAUACCACCAUAAUGAAACUGCCUUUUCUUUUUUUGAUUCGGAUAGGAUUUAUGUUGGCUUCGUUGGGAGGCUCGCGUAGUUUGUUACGUCAGCUCCAAAAGGAGAAGUUGCGUUGGAAUCGAGAAAGUUCCGUGGAGUUCAUAAUUGCUAAAAGGAGUCAAAGUAGUGGCUGCGGCGCGUUGAGGCACUUCUUCGACGGUCCCCGUCCGCCCGGCCUGCCGGCCCGCUCUGAAGAAUUAAUGUUUACGGGCGAGACAGAAUGGGCGGGCACUACUACUAACCAAGCCAAGCCCAGUUCUAGCCGAUAGGCGCUGGUAGCUUGCUUCCAAUUGCCUUAUAUGAGAGUUGCGGCCAUGGCCCGAAGGGGCCUUAAGCACUUGUACAAUGCUCAAGGCUCCCUACCACCCGUUGCCCAGAGCCUUGACUUUAUAUGUCAUUAGUCAAAUAAAUGCGCGCUAGCGCAACGACUUUCGCGCUUGUUGGAGCUAUGAAGCAUCUUAGAGUAUGAAAUUAUAUUUUGAAGCUGGAUCCAAGUUUGUUCGCGUGGCCCUUAUGGGUUUGGCAUGGAAGACAUUCUUGCUACUUCGUCUCGAGCAUCGGCCAUCCCCAAGUCUCACUCAUUUGGAGACUGCUUUACCUUCCUUAUGACAAUUGUGAAUAUCGAUCAGCCAGCCGGUCAAUUCCUCCCGUUUUCUGAACAUUUCGCUGAACAAUGACCUUGUCUUUUGAACUGAGAUUGGAAACGAACCAUAAAUAAGGGAGCAAAACAGACUCUUUAGAAGGAGCAUUUCUGGAAUGACUUCUCAUUCAUUCUAUAUAGAAAUACAUGCGAUGGUAGAAUCAAAGAAAGAGGAGGACUGAAGGGACGACAAAGGCUUAAGUUCGAACUUCAACAGGGUCAACAGGUUUUCUUUCGCUAGGCGCUAGGUCCAAUCUUCAUUCAAUCGAUCAGUAAGCCAGGACUUCGUUCCUUCUUUGAAAGCCACACGUACCAAUAGAAAAAAGAAGAAUCAAUAGAGCGUGUUACAUACAAGGAUUCCAGUUUCUCUCAAUCCUCUGAUCUUAUUCCUUGUGAGGUCGGUCUAGCUAAAUUCUCUUCAUUGGCUAUGAUAGUGCGCUAUAACGCACGUUAUAGUGCUCUUAUUGAAGUAUUUCUCAUAAAACCUCCAAGAUGCGUUUUCAACCCUCAAUCCGGUCAUACGGAACGAUUCUUUGAUAAGCCAGAUACCAUAGAUCCGCUGAAAGCACUCGUCCCUCGGCCUAGUAGUCUGGUUUGACUAGUAGAACGCACACUACUCUUUCUAGUGUUGCUGAAGACAAAUGCUCGGCCUGUCUCUGCUCUUGGUGGAUCUUGGUCUAGAUAUGGAAGGGAUGCCAAGCGAGAUGCUGCCAGGUACGCCUCUAUCUAUGCUGCUGGCUCUGGUGCAAAGCCUGCUCCUGCUCGAUCUUACUCGUACGCUUCUUGCUCUUACCAACCCUCACGAGGAUAGCUACAGUCUUAAAGGCUUUAGAGACGAGGCCUUAAAGGACAACUUGUUAAAGGCAGCGGCGGUAGGGAGUUCGACUCUACUGUCAGCCAUUGCAUUCAGACAGCACUUGAUUAGUCUUUUUCUAGCGUGAUUUCGAUGCAUGGUUGGGAAAGGUCAGCUGAAAGAUGGUAUAUCUUCAUAUAAGACUCUUCCUUUGUGGCGGCCCCAGUGCUUAACGUAAGGUUGCCUCCACAUAUGAAAAGUAAGCCCGCGGUAUUAGCUAAUUGACUCGCCUUAACGGCCCCUCUCACCUACACCUAAUGGCUAGGCAGCCAAGGGAAGGAAGACUUGACGUGUUGAAUGUAUUUCGUCGUGUUGGAUUCAAAUACGAAUUAGAAGAAGGAAUGGGAACUUUGCAAGGACGGGCAAAUAGUUGCACUUCCGAGAGAGUUGCCUUCGCUUUCGGAAUGAAAAAGAAACUAAAGCAAGAAGCGAGAAACUUGGAUGCGUUUGAAAGCCUAGCUCUUGCAGCUCAAUCCCUUGCUUUGCUUGACCCUACUGUAUUGGACCUUAAAGCUUGCACUGUCUUUUACAAGUUGGAUGGCCGCUUUGCUAAUCGAAGAAGGGCGCAAUCUGGUUCCUAUUUGGAUGCAUCAGCAAGAUACGGGGAGAAAGAGAUCAAAAGAAAGCUAUAUAAUAAAUACACCUAAGGUGCGUCUCGUAGGUUGACUCUUCUCACCUGAAAUGUUGGGUACUAAAUUACGCUAUGAAAUGAAAAAGCAUCAAGAAAGUGUCAUCCCUAUUCUUAGUCUGGAAUGGACGGUAAACCCGGAUCUACUGACUCCUCUGGUCACUCUUCAGCUGGUCAUCUCCGCUGGUCACUUUAGGGCUGGUACAGCAAUUCCAUUCUAUACCAUGCCAUACUCUCUUCGUUGGUUGACUGGACAUCCUCCGUCUUCAUUUUCUCAAAUGUGACCAAUAAUAUAGGCUGUCUGAACCACACCCCUUAAUUAACAUAGUAGACCUUUCCUAUUAAUAACAAAAAAGCAAAGGCUUCUUUUUUGGAUGAUCUUCCUCAAGGCUGUCUGCCCUUUUCUUCACGCCAUAGGGGGGCUUUACAGGAUAGAAUUACCUAAUGAAUAGGAACAAUUGGGGAAUCAAAGAGAAUUCGAUAUAUAUAAUAUAAUGACUUACAUAGUGAUCGAGCUGAUCACCACAUUCCUUUCCUCUCGCUCAAAAAUCAUUAGCAUACUCCAUACAUAUCCGAAGUCAGUUGGCUGAAAGACCCAGAAGUCUAGUCGUGGAGGGGUUUUAGGAUAGGAAUAGACAGGAUUCAUUUCAGAUCCAGUACAAAUCGAAUCUGAUCCCUUUUCUCAUUUCUUCAUUUCCUAUUUUCACAAAAAUGUAGCUCUUUCCUACGUUGCUUUCCGGGGCCCAUCUAAAUGAUGUGCGCGGUACAAAGGCCUAUCAAUCAGGUAAAAGCUAGGAACUCUUUUGAUUCAUCCUAUCGGCUCUGCUCAUCCCAAAUAGAUAUGAUAUCUUCCAGAUUUAGGAAGAGAAAUUCAGCCCUUUUUUCUUCCAGAAUAGAAUAUGACUGAGAGUCCAGUUACU